CAAAUUCCACAAUGCCAGCGAUGAAAAAAAUUCCAAUAUGAACUCGAAUUCCUGAAAUGAAACAAUAACGGAAGUCAAAAGUCAGCAUUCAAACCGGAAACCCAGAAAAGAAAAGCACUGGAAAGAGGUGGGUUGGGAUCCAAUUCAACCCAUUCCAGAUAACGCAGCCAUUGUUGGCGAGCUCCAGCUUUCAGCUGAGCUUCGGGGGUUUCAGAGGUCGAAGAUGAUAACCAUUCCGUAUUUGACCGCGUUGAGCACCUACUUCAGCUACGGCUUGCUCUUUGCCUUCGGCCAAUUGCGAGACUUCUUCAGAAAAAUCAUUGAUUGGUGGCAGUCUGGCGAUCUCCAGGGUUACGCGCCGAUCUGUUUAGGGCUUGAGGAUUUCUACAUUCGUCGUUUGUAUAAUCGAAUUCAGGAUUGUUUUGGACGACCAAUAUCAAGUGCUCCUGAUGCUUGGUUUGAUGUUGUUGAGCGUUAUUCUAAUGACAACAAUAAGACCCUAAAACGAACAACGAAAAUAAGUAGGUGCCUCAACUUGGGAUCAUAUAAUUAUUUAGGCUUUGCUGCAUCUGACGAAUACUGCACACCUCGUGCCAUCGAGUCAUUGAAGAAGUUUUCCCCAAGUACUUGUAGCAGUCGUGUCGAUGGGGGAACUACAACAUUGCACAAAGAACUGGAAGAGUGUGUUGCAAACUUUGUUGGAAAACCAGAUGCUAUGGUAACUGGCAUGGGUUAUGUGACGAACUCUGCCAUCCUACCUGUCCUCAUUGGGAAGGGAGGGCUGAUAAUUAGCGAUUCAUUGAACCACAACUCAAUUGUGAAUGGUGCCCGAGGCUCAGGAGCUACAGUUCGAGUUUUCCAACAUAAUACUCCUUCGCACUUGGAGAAAGUUUUGAGAGAGCAAAUUUCUGAGGGACAACCUAGGACACAUAGACCAUGGAAGAAGAUAAUUGUCAUUGUCGAGGGGAUAUACAGUAUGGAAGGAGAACUCUGCCAGCUUCCAGAGAUUGUUGCAAUAUGUAAGAAAUAUAAGGCAUAUGUUUACCUGGAUGAGGCUCACAGCAUUGGAGCAGUUGGAAAAACGGGAAGAGGUGUCUGCGAAUUAUUAGGGGUUGACACGGCGGAUGUAGAUAUAAUGAUGGGAACUUUUACAAAAUCAUUUGGAUCAUGUGGUGGUUAUAUAGCUGGAUCCAAGGAGGUUAUACAGUAUCUUAAAUACACUUGCCCAGCUCAUCUAUACGCAACUUCAGUAUCACCUCCAGCUGCUCAACAAAUCAUAUCUGCUAUUAAGGUCAUUCUUGGAGAGGAUGGUACCAGUCGAGGGGCUCAGAAACUUGCACGGAUUCGUGAAAACAGCAACUUCUUCAGGUCAGAGCUGCAGAAGAUGGGCUUUGAGGUUCUUGGAGACAAUGAUUCCCCUGUAAUGCCCAUAAUGCUCUACAAUCCAGCAAAAAUUCCUGCUUUUUCUAGGGAAUGUCUGAAGCAAAAUGUUGCUGUUGUGACAGUUGCUUUCCCGGCUACUCCUCUACUUUUGGCCAGAGCGCGUAUUUGUAUAUCUGCCUCACACACCAAGGAAGAUCUUCUCAGAGCCUUGGAGGUUAUCAGUCGAGUCGGUGAUUUGGUGGGUAUAAAAUACUUCCCUGCUGAACCCAGUAAGCAGGAGACAAACGCCAUCAAAUUGGAAUAAAGAGUCGAAUUCAGGGCUUCAAAAUUGUAAAUUUGUAAGGCAAAGCAGGUGAUCCAAUCAUCAAAAUGUGCCCCAGACAUUCUGAGGCUUUUGCUGGAAAACAUGAAGCAUUCAAUUAUCUUUAAAUCUGUUUCGUAUCUGCGACCUUUUGGAGGGUCUUGUUGUAUUUCACUGUGUGAUCCUCGAUGAAAUUUUGAUGAGUCAGACAUACAGAUGCAGCUCGCAUUGGUUAAAUAUGUUAUCAGUUAUGUUUCAAACUCAACUUUCUUGUAUAUAUUCCAAAGGCGGCAGUGAAGGGACAAAAUCCAUUCUAAUCU